GUAGGAUUUAAUUUCAUAUUUUGUAGGUUUAUCUGAUAUAAAACACACGUCGCAUGGUAUUGCAUCAUUUCUAUAUUAUAUCCAGUAAAAAUGACACAAGACCAGUUACGGAUAUAUGGAACAUUGCAAUGGAAACGCCAACAACAUACUACUUACAAGUUCUUGUCAGUAGCAUAUUUCACAUAAUUAUCAGCGACAAACUGUGGCCGAAACAUGACACUGUUAUCAAUAUUUUAUCACCACGUCCCAUAUCGAAUAAACCAGUUAUGCUUUGUAAUAGUUGAAUCGAUGGUGAUUCAUCAACCGAAAGAUGAAUUAUCUGGACUAAGUGUAUCUACCAAUUCAACUACGCUUGUGGUGGAGCGAGUUAAAUUGGCCGUUGCUCUAAGAACUUAAUUUUUCGUGCUCUCUCGGGAAUACCUACCAGUGUGACUAAAU